AUGCAGGUACUUGAUUCUCAUCUUGUUAGAAGCGAUGCCAUGAUUGGCUCAUUCAACUUAGACGUGGGAUCAGUCUAUGACAGCGAAGAACACACUUUUCAGAACAAAUGGUUGCUGCUAACGUCUAUGGAGGAGUCUAAAUCGUCAGGCGCCAAAGGUUAUUUGUUGGUCAGCAUCUCCGUGAUUGGACAAGGAGACGAUUUGCCAAUAUUCAAGAGAACUGAAGACGAUUUCGACAUAGAGACCAAUCUAAUCCAACCUGCAGGAGUGGACGUUCGGAGAGGAUGUUUCAAUCUGCAAGUUUUCCAAGCUGAAGAUCUUCCUCAGAUGGACGCAGGUGCCUUCGAAGGGAUGAAGAAAGUUCUUCGUGUCGGGGAAGAGAAGAAAGAGUUGGUUGACCCCUACCUUGUCUUCUCAUUCGCCGGGCAGUCGUUGGAGACGGAUGUAAAGUACACAAAUGAUCAUCCUCAAUGGAACCAGGAAUUACGGCUUCCAAUACGGUUUCCAUCGAUGUGCGAACGGUUGAAAUUGACCUUAAAGGACUGGGAUCGUUUGUCAACCGAUGAUUAUAUUGCUACUGGCUUCAUCGAUAUCAAUGAGAUCGGAUCAAGAGGAGACGACGGAUUUCUUCCUACUUUUGGACCAUGUUGGUUAAAUUUCUACGGUUCUCCUCGCGAAUUCGACACAUUCAACGAUGACUAUGAGGCUUUGAAUAUGGGGAGGGGGGAAGGCGCGGCCUACAGGGGGCGUGUCCUAGUUUCCAUGUCAACUGAGCUAGGGGAACCGCCUCCUGAAGACAUCGUAAGUAUCAGCUCUCAUGACAUUCAGAGGGUAGAUAAAUACAGACGACUUCGGAAAUACCACCUCUACGCCGCUUUCAUCAACGCCACCAUGGUCAGUGAGACUGAUCGCUCAGUGGAAUUUGAGGUUAGCAUCGGUAACUAUGGUAACAAACUCGAUGAGCGCGUCACACCGCAACCAUCGACCACGCAGCCUACGAACGCCGUGUUCGAUGGUAACCACUACUACUUCCUACCGUGGACGAAGACGAAGCCGUUGAUCGCCAUCAACAGCGAAUGGGAGGACAUCAGCUUCCGCCUCGACACCCUCAACAUCAUCCUCCACAUCAUUGCGAAACUGGAAAAGCACAUCGGUCAUGUGAAGACGUGUAUCAAAUCUGGAGCUAGUGAGAGCGAAGUAGCGACCCAUGUCAUCAAGACAAUCGACAAACUCAUAGAAGAUUGCAGGAGCCCUUUACCCGAAUUCGGCGACAUGAAGCAAUACGCAAACGCUCUCGACCAUCGGAGAUACGAGCUCAGACGACGAGUGUUGUUCGAGGUCGCUCGACGAGCAACGAUCCUCCGACAGGAAGCCAUUGAGCCGGAGGAAACCGUGGAUGAGCUCGAAGAAUACCUGAUCAUGCUACAGGAAAUCGCAGUCGAGCCCCAGAACAGUCUCCCAGAUGUUGUGAUCUGGAUGAUCUGUGGAUCCAAACGAACGGCGUACAUCCGGGUACCUGCCUACCAAGUCCUUUAUUCUGAUCAGCGAAGGGAUGCAUGUGGGCUGUUCUGCGGAAGAACUUUCAGCUAUUUCCUUAAGUAUUUGAAGGUGAAAGGUAAGGAUGACAACCGAUACGCCAUACCAGCGAUGCUGCGGCUCAAACUUUGGCUAGGACUUGAAUGUCACAGUGAAAACUUUCGAAAAGGAAUGUCAGAUUCGACUAUUGCUGUCUAUGCAGAAACGUAUGAAAAUCAAGUCAACAUCAUGGGUCAGUGGUCAGACAAGGGACUUCUAGGAAGACCGAAAUACUCCGAUUCAACUGGAAAGUUAUGA